AUGGACCGCACACCCCUCAUCUGUGACUAUGGUUCUGGCUUCAGCAAGGUGGGCUUUGCAGGAACUGAGACCCCUCUGGCUGUCUUCCCCACCGUCAUUGGGAAACUGAAACAUAAUGGACUGUCCUGUCCUGCCCGUGUUUUCCAGAACCUGCUGGUGGGGGUGGAAGAACAAGAAUGUUUCAUUGGAGAUGAGGUGCAGAAUAAUCUAGAACGACUGAACUUAGACUAUCCUAUCACCCAGGGAACCAUCACCAACUGGGACAAUAUGGAGAAGAUUUGGCAUCACACCUUCUACAAUGUCCUCCACAUCGCCCCUGAGCAGCACCCUGUAAUGAUAACAGAGCCACCAUUAAACAGCAAACAUGUUAAAUCAAGAACCACUCAGAUCCUAUUUGAAACCUUCAACGUCCCUGCCAUGUACAUGGCUAAUCAAGGGGUCCUCUCCAUGUACGCUUCUGGCAGAACUUCUGGAACAACUAUUGAAUCUGGAGAAGGGAUGACAUACAUCGUGCCUGUCGUUAAUGGCUAUCCCCUGCCACUGUCGACCAUCAAGCUGGAUGUAGCUGGCCAAGACCUGACUGCGUACCUCCUGCAACUGCUGUCAAACAGUGGGAACUUGUUAGUGAGCACAGCUGACCGAGAGUACGUCCGGAACCUGAAAGAGAAACACAGCUAUGUGGCAUUGGACUAUGAUAUGGAAAUAUCAAAAGCUUCAGGAUCCUCUAUCCAGAAGACAUUCCAUUUGCCUGAUGGCAAAGAGGUCAAUCUGGGGCAGGAGGCUUUCAUGUGCCUGGAGGCACUCUUCAAGACCAGCCUCGUAGGGAAAACCAAGCCUGGGAUCCACAUGCAGGCCCAGGAGAGCAUCACAUCCUGUGACCACUCCCACUGGAAGACUCUUUUUGGUAAUAUCAUGCUGUCUGGAGGCACCGGUGCCUGCACAGGUCUACAAUUCCGACUGCAGAGAGAGAUAGCAAGGCUGGUCUCUCCAGACGUCUGUGUGCAGGUGGCCACCUCUCCAUAUGCCAAGUAUGGUGCCUGGGUAGGUGCCUCCAUCUUGUGCUCUCUCCCUUUGUUCAAGAACAUGUGGGUCACAAGUCAUGAAUAUAGGGAAAUUGGCUCUUCCGUCACGUGUAGAAGAAACUUGUGACCGGUGGCUUUCAGGUUCUGUCACCUAGGCCAGCAGUACCAUGUCUAGACUGAGCCUCAGCCUUACCAAGCAGGUCAUUGUUAGAACAAGCAAGGCCCCCUUUCUCCUGGAAGACAGUAAAAGUGUGCAACAGGGCUGACUCUGUCUGGUAUCUUGGUGACCUCUGUAGCAUCCCAAUGCAGCAGGUACCGGUUCCUCCUGUGCAUUGAUCAGGAUAACUCAGUGAUGCUGCAUAACAAGCAUCCCUAGCUCCCACUGCCACAAAGUGAGGUUUGCCUAUCACCCUCCUGCCUACAUCCUGAAGUAAGGACCAUCACCCUCACUUAGGACCUUCUGGUAAAGCAGAUACCAGUUUUAGCAUAUUCACUCGUUGUGAGUUUCUUAUUUUCUGUUGCUAUAACAAAAUACCCGAUACCUGGUAAUUUAUAAAGAACAGGGGUUUAUUUAGCUCACAGUUUCAGAAUAUGACACCAGCCUAUGCAAGGGUCUUGUACCUCAUUAAAACAGUGCAGAACAUUGUGGACCAUUAAUGUUGUCAAGAGGUCCCAUCCUUAGGACUUCAUUUAACCCCAGUCACCUUCCAAAGCCUCCAAAUACCAUUAACAUAUAGAUUUGGGACAUCUAAACACCAGUGGCUGAACUUAGGAGUCAUCUGCAGGGUCUCACUGGCAAUCAAGAGACAUGGGGGGGGGUGUACAAGUCACACAAAGCCCCACCCCAACCCCAAGAGGACAGAAAGGACUGGAGUUAAAUGUCACAGGGGCUGGGAGGGUACUAACAGCAUACACUAUGCAAGGGGCCUCAACCCUUCAGGGGAUGUGGUCCUCAUGGGGCGGCUGCUGUGACCUGUUUCAUCAAGUCCAACUGUAGAUGCAGGAACAGCAGCCAA